GUGAGUGACAGAGACAGAGACAGAGACUCUAAGAGCCAAUACUCUAAGCCAUAUAGAACCUUGUCAUAGGAGGUAUAAACUUCUUUUCUGACAUGAUGAACAGUGUAGCCGGAAAUAAUCUUUAAUCCCACAGUUUUCCCCCUUUUUAAUAAUCAGAUGUCACAGCUCCUGUUUAUCCAUCAGGCUCAACAGUUGGCUUCAAAGUUGCAGUUCUUUUCUGAAACAGGAAGGUGAAUUGGACCUCAAGAAGGUUUGGAUUAUUUGUGCAUGAUUGUGUGUUAAAGUGUAAACGUAAGGUGCUCCAGUGCGUGUGGUCUUCAGUUUCAAAAUCUGGCUGUUCAACGGAAUGCAUCUGCUGCCGUUCAUUUUAUUCUGCCUCAGUCUCUGUUCUUCUGUGCUGAGUGCAGCAGUAACACCUCCAUGUAGUUCUGUAUACAGGGGCUUUGCUGAAUGUCUGGUCACUCUGGGUGACAGUGUGAGCUCCAAAGCUGAUAACCCACAGGACAUCAACUCCAUUUGCAAGUCAUGGGAUGCUUUCCAGGUGUGCGUGAGUGGUGUUUUGUCAGGAUGCCGAGGUGAUGCAGCAGAAAUUUGGGAAUCUUUGAGAGCGGAGUCCAGGAAAACAGCGUUUGCUGGUAACCUCUACGACAUGUGUGCCAGUCGUACUGAAGCUGUGACUGCAACCACACCUCUGGUUCCCAGCGCUGAUCAAAGCAACCAGGAAACACUCAAAGGACUCGCUCGUUCUGUCAGCCACUCAGUCAGUAAAGAGCUGCUGAUGUGCUUCUCUCUUCUCCUGCUGCUUUGGAUGUAACCUAUUCAUGUAACAUAGCUGAACUGAUGCACGUGACAGUGCUACAAGCACAUACAUGUCUCUGCGUAGACUCUUUAUGUUGGUAUAUUUGAUUUAAAUUCAUGUCUAAUUUAAUAUGUAAGCUCUUUGGUAAGAUAUUCAAGACACUUAUGUAUUUGCUUGUUUAACAAUUAUGACAAAUAAAUCAGUGAUGUUCUGUACUCAGAUCUACUGGAUUGGUACAAGAU